UAGGUGUUGGCUGCCAAUUGUAGAGUGCAAAUGAAAAGUUGCGGAUUGGUGUCUUCGUUGACCAAAAUUUUCAAUUGUAAUUACUUGUCCAAUUCAACCUACUUUGAGGAUAGUUAACAACAUUUCUUAAGUGUAAAAAGCAGAUUUUAAGUGAAAGUGAAUAGCCAACAGAAGCAGGCUACCUAACGGAUAGGCAACAGAAAGGAAAAUUUUCAUCAUCUUGUAGGACACAAGAACUUUUUUUAGCGAUAGUGCCAUUUUGAGUCUAAAAUCCGUUACGCUAAACUUUAACAAAAUAAACCGGAAAUUUCAGUGAUUUGUUAAGAAGUGAGGAACAAGUGUGUGUCGCUUAAGCUGCCAUCAAAAAUAUACAUUUCGAACAAAUAGAAAAACAACCGGAAACUUAUAGUUUGUGCUGCAAACACACAAAAGUGGACAAAACCAAUAAUAAACUAACAUAAGUUUUGUCACCAGUCUAUGGAAUCGCAUGAACAAAAAAAACAUUCAGGAUAAUAGAGACAUGAUAGCAAAAUAUAUUUCUUAACAGCGAUCUAUUUACACCACACGUACCACAGUUCGAUAUACAUACAUGUGGUAAUAUUUUAAGUUUUCAGAGUUUCGGUAAACAAACGACAUCGUAAUUAAGAAAAGGAUAUAAAGGACAAAAUGUGUGUAUAGUGUAUGAAAAAAAGAGUCUCACGACACCAAAAAGGCUUUGUCUAUUGACAAUUGAUCCAUGGUCAGCUACUAGGCCGUGAACAAAAAGCAAAUACAAAUAGAUUGUUAACGUUACAAGGAUCUUAUAAUCUUAAGACGAUACCAGCUUGCUACAAAAUAAUCACAACUUCCGUCACUCCAGCAUCACUAAAAGCCUUCGCCGAGUACAGAAAUCGGGAAACACGUGAAUAAAAGAUUCUAAAACAAAAGAAAAGAUAAUCAGUUUUAUCGAUAAAAGAUGAAUGAACUGGACAGUCUUAGGCAAGAAGCCGAAUCCCUAAAAAAUGCUAUACGGGAUGCUCGCAAGGCCGCCUGUGACACAUCCUUGUUGCAGGCAGCCGCCUCUCUGGAACCUAUUGGACGCAUACAAAUGCGCACCCGACGCACGUUGCGUGGCCAUUUGGCGAAAAUUUACGCGAUGCAUUGGGGAAACGACUCUAGAAACCUUGUAUCAGCUUCACAAGAUGGCAAGCUAAUUGUUUGGGACUCGCACACCACGAAUAAAGUGCACGCCAUUCCACUGCGAUCUUCGUGGGUUAUGACCUGCGCGUACGCUCCAUCGGGCAGCUAUGUUGCUUGCGGUGGGCUCGACAACAUGUGUUCAAUUUACAACCUAAAGACGCGCGAGGGUAAUGUCCGUGUGUCCCGAGAGCUUCCGGGUCAUGGUGGUUAUCUAUCAUGCUGCCGUUUCUUGGACGACAAUCAAAUCGUUACCAGCUCAGGUGAUAUGUCAUGUGGCCUUUGGGAUAUCGAGACUGGUUUGCAAGUUACUUCAUUCCUGGGCCACACAGGAGAUGUUAUGGCUCUUUCAUUAGCACCGCAAUGUAAAACCUUCGUCUCUGGAGCAUGCGAUGCAUCUGCUAAGCUGUGGGAUAUUCGGGAGGGUGUUUGUAAACAAACAUUUCCAGGUCACGAAUCUGAUAUCAAUGCUGUAACCUUUUUCCCAAAUGGACAAGCGUUUGCAACCGGAUCGGAUGAUGCAACCUGUCGCCUAUUUGACAUACGCGCCGAUCAGGAGCUUGCUAUGUACUCUCAUGACAACAUCAUUUGUGGAAUUACCUCUGUGGCGUUUUCAAAGAGCGGUCGCCUGUUAUUGGCGGGAUAUGACGACUUCAACUGCAAUGUGUGGGACACGAUGAAAGCUGAACGGUCUGGUAUUCUUGCCGGCCACGAUAACCGUGUAUCAUGCUUGGGAGUCACUGAGAAUGGCAUGGCUGUGGCAACUGGAUCUUGGGAUUCCUUCUUGCGUGUAUGGAACUAAGCGAGAUUAAAAAUUCAUUAUUGGGUGGGGUGGGGUCAACGGUUGCGCAGUCAGCGGUUAGUGGUACACCAUAUACAUUGUGAUCUGAUGUACAUGAUUUGGUGUAACCCCCCUGUGCUUAAUUUAUAAUGAGUGUCUGCAGGUUUUGAAAAGGUGGGCGCAGCGACGUUGACUAGAAUGUAGACCACAACAACAAAGAACUUUAUAUACAACAUUAUUUAUAUUGCUAUAUACUUAUUAACUUAAAUUAUACAACAAACCAAAACGCAACUACAAAUAGACAUACACACGCAUACAAGAAUAUUAUUAGUGUAAAUUCAAAACAGAAUAUAAUGAAGGCCAUGCUGAUAGUCAAUCAGUAAGUUGUUUUGUCAGAAUUCGGGUUACAGUUACGGUUAAAAUCGUACGUACAGAAAACUUACUUCAUGAGUGGAUGAGUGCGCGACCAGGAGUAACAACACCAUGACGCAUUAGUCGUUUGCACAUUGAAACAGUAUCAUUGAAGGCAUGUAUGACUUCAAUCAAAAUACAAUUUUUCACGUAUAAACCAUAACUUCAGAAAGUAAAUCCUGAUGAAGCGAAGUCAAAUAAAGUUAAAGCAUUUACAAAAUAAAAAAAAUCACAGCAAAAAAAAAGUAUAUUAAAAUUAUUGCGUAAAAAACUUUAAAAAUCAAGUAAUGAAAAAAGUAAACAAAACACUUUAUAAAAAAUUUUCUUAUUAUGUUUAAGUCCUUAAUUUAUAUACAACAAAAAUUAAUAAUGAUUUAAAUAACAUACUAAUGUAUUAGUGAAAAACUAUUUACAUAUAAUAUGAUGGCCACAUAAGCUACAACAAUAAAUUGAAAAACCACUUUAAAUCCUACAAUACAUAAACGAUUCAUAAAUGUUUAACAAAAUCUUAACAUACAUACAUACAUAUGCAUACAUAGAAUAGCGGAAGUAAUGGGCGGGAAAAUAAAAUAAAAAUAUUAAUAUUGCAAUAACAGCGCUUGAAAAUAAUAGACACAUACACAAAAAUGUUGUUCGAUUGUUAUUCUCAUUUUUUAGGUUUGCCACUGUUUGAUUUUUUUAUUUUUACCUGCAAGGAAAGACUUCAUUCAAAUAUAGUGUUUUUAUUAUUUUUGACUUAUUUUCCAGCAGUGUAACUCCUCAUGCAAAUAUAUCAAUUAGUGUUCUUAUUUUCCAGCAGUGUAGCCCAUAAUUGCAAUGCAUCACGGUUAGAUGUUUUACUUCAUAUUUAAAAUUACUUAAAGCUCUUAUAAUAAACUUGCAGACACAGAGUUAAACAUAUAUAUUUCAUUUAUACAGCAUGCACAGAUUUAAAAACGGGAUAUAAGCUUGGGUCCGAUAGAUAGCGAUGUAAUUUGCUAAACUGAAACAACUUGCAAGCAGUAAAAUGUAUCAUAAAUGUAAUAAAUUUCAGCAAGAAAUCAUAAACAUGCGUAUAUUCAACUAUACUCAAAUUCAUCACAAAAACAUUUCUUUCAACUUUCAUAUACUUAAGGCGUAUUGGUGUGCUAGUUACAAAAAUGGUAUUUUAAAGUCUGCAGUGUCUUAGACCAUUGCAAUCUUUUGAGCAGUACUUUUUUAUAAGUACGUCGCAAUGUUACACUCGAUGCACUCCUAUAUGAUUCGUGAAUUUUUUUGUAUAAACCGUAAGCUUACAACAUAAUAAUGUAUGUAUAUCUGCAAAUGUAGCUAAAAAUAAAACAAAGCUAUUAUACAUUAAAUGCUUUAUUUUAUUUAUAUAAUUUCAAAACAGAAAUUGUAAGUGCACGCAGAUUCUUAAAAAUGUUAGUAUCCGAAUGUUUUCCGUGUUAUUAUAAAAAUUAAAUUUAUUCAGAAUUUUAUUAUGUUUAUAUAAAUACGACAUAAUUUCACACAAAUGCACUUAUACAAAGAUAUUUUAGUUAAUUUUUUUUUAUUUUGCCUAUUAUCUACAUACAUAUAUAUACCGAAAUCGAAUAAAAUUAAUGAAAAAAGUGUAUCUUUGUAAUUAGCCAUUUACAUUACAAAGAAAACCAAUUAAAUGUGUCAAACAAAUUGGCAUUUAAAUAAAAACAAAAGGGUAUGUGUUCAUCUAAAAAUAACUGACAUACAUAAAAGCAAAACUUAUUCAGAAAUAAAACUAACUAAAAUUAAUUUAUAAUUUGUGUCAUAGCCGUAAACUCGGCGUUAUACUUAGAAUAUACAUACAUACAAUAAUAAAGAAAAUUGUGUUAAGCAAACGCCAAUCAAAUUAAUGUAUGUAUGUGAAUACAUAUUCAGAUUCAUAGAAGUACAUAUACAUAUGUGUAUGUAUGUACAUGAAGGAUCAAUUUAUUGAAUAAGUUCUUCGUGAACGUUAAUUAGAAUGACGGGUUAAGUAUAAACAUAUGCCAUGGUAGCAAUAUGCAUACAUGUACAUAUGAAAGAAAUCACAAAGGGUUCAAAUUCCUUAGCACGUGGUAAUUUCAUCGCAAAAUUCACUUGUCAUUUAAUUGUAAUAAAUCAUUUAAAUGGAUCAGACAAAAACACUAGAAUAAAAAGUAAUGCAUGAUGCGAAAAAA